CUCAUUUCUUGUUUCUUGUUGUAAAUAAUUAAUUAUUUACGCAAACAUUUACAAAUAGAUCAAGUGCAUCGCUUAACGAAAAGAUUAUUUUCCCCUCAAUUCAGUAUAACACCGAUAAAACCUCUCUCUCUCUCUCUCUCUCUCUCGCACACACACACACUGGUGAAACCUUCUCAGAGAGAAUAUUGCUCUGUGUCACGGUUUGGAUUGGAACAAUAGCAACUAAAGGCAAUCACAACUUAAGUGUUAGCAGAAGUAACUUCUAAACGAGGGGAACGUUCGGAAAGGGAAAUGGUUGAGGAUGAUGAAUCAGAGGUUUCUUAUUCUUAGUACGUAAUUCUCACACUCAAGAUGUAAUUCGACCUUGUACAAGACAAACAAUCUUUGGAGAUGGACUUUUUGGGGCCUUUUGGCAAAGUUGUCGAAGGAGUGAUUGAUUUUGUGUCGAAAAAUGGUGUUCGACACAUGACUUACAUAGUCCAUUACAAUGAAAAUGUUCGUGAACUGAAGGAUAGUGUCAGAGAUCUUAAAUUUGAAAAACAAAGGAUAAUUCACCAAUGUGAAGAGGGUACAAAAAAUCUAAACAACAUUGAAGAAAAGGUUACUGAAUGGGUUCGAAAAGUGAGUGAAAUUGAUACUACAAUAGAGGUGUUUGAGAACGAUGAUGGCCACACAAAGGCCCGAUCACCCAAUUGUUUUGUUUUUCCGUACUUGUGGAAUAGACAUAGGUUGGGAAGACAAGCAUAUAAGGAGAAAGUGAAUGUUAAAAGGCUAAUUGAUGAGUCCCCUAAAGUUGAUGAAGUUUUGUAUAGGCAAAAUGUAACAUCUAAUGAUGCCACAUUGUCUAAUUGUGGUUUUGUAGAAUUUAGUUCUAUAAAAUCCACAAUGGAAAAAGUAAUGAUCGAACUUCAAGAUUCCAGUGUGAGAAUGAUUGGAUUGUAUGGGCGAGGGGGUGUGGGUAAAAGCACUUUAGUCAAAGAAAUUGCAAGGAAGGCUAAAGAGAAAAAGUUGUUUGAUGUGGUGGUUAAAGUAGAGAUAACAGCUGACCCCAAUCCACAAAAAAUUCAGGAAGAAAUUGCUUACGUGUUGGGUUUGAGAUUGGAAGGGGAAGGUGAAAAUGUGAGAGCUGAUUGUCUACGAAGGAGGCUAAAGAAAGAAUCAGGGAACAUCCUUUUAAUCUUAGAUGACCUUUGGGACAAAUUAGAUUUGAACAAGUUAGGGAUUCCACUUGAUGAUGAUGAAGAUGAUGAUGAUUUUAAUAGUGGUAACAAGGAUCUUAGUCGCCAAAAAAAUAAAGAUAACAAGGAUCCUAAUCAGAAAACACAAGAAAAAAAAGAUGACAAUCGCACAGUGUUGAAAAAAGAAAAAUUCCUUGGUGGUCACAAGGGGUGCAAAAUUUUGCUAACUUCAAGGGAUAAAAAAGUGUUAUGUGUUGAAAUGGAUGUAAAGACAACUUUUUGUGUAAGGGAAUUAGAUGAUAAAGAUGCUUUGAUUUUGUUUAAAAAGUUGGCCGGAAUACAUAAUGAAAUGUCUAGCUCUAAACAAGAAAUUGUGAAGAAGUAUUGUGAGGGCUUACCCAUGGCAAUAGUUGUAGUUGCAAGGGCAUUAAGAAACAAGAGUGAGUCAGUGUGGGAAGCAACAAUAAAAAAACUUAAAAAGCAUGAAUUGGUGGGAGAGGGGACAUCUAUGGAUAUUUCAGUGAAGAUGAGUUAUCACCAUCUUGAAAAUGAAGAGAUAAAGUCCAUUUUUUUACUCUGUGCACAAAUGGGUCGUCGACCAUUAAUUAUGGACUUAGUGAAGUAUUGUUUUGGUUUGGGUAUACUUGAAGGGGUCUCCUCGCUUUGGGAAGCACGAGAAAAAAUUAAGACAUCAAUCCAAAAGCUAAAGGACUCUGGCUUGUUAUUGGACGAAAGUUCUAAUAAUCAUUUCAACAUGCAUGGCAUGGUUCGAGACACUGCUUUGUCUAUAGCACACAAGGAUCACAAUGCUUUUAAUUUGAGAAAUGGAAAACUAGAUGACUGGCCCGAACUCGAAAAGUGCACUUCAAUUUCUAUAUGCAAUAGUGAUAUCAUUGAUGGGCUUCCUGAAGUCAUAAAUUGUCCUCAACUGAAACUUUUCCAAAUUGACACUAAUGAUCCAUCUUUGGAAAUACCCGAGGGUUUUUUUAGAAGAAUGAAAAAUCUGAAUGUUUUAAUAAUGACUGGUUUUCGUCUUUCGAGCUUACCAUAUUCAAUUCAAUGCCUAUUAAAACUCAGAAUGCUUUGUUUGGAACGAUGUACUUUACGUUGCAACCUAUCUAUAAUAGGAAAGCUGAAAAAAUUAAGAAUUCUCAGCUUCUCUGGAUCUCUACUUCAAAAUUUGCCGGCUGAGUUGCAAUGCUUGGAUAAGUUACGAAUGCUAGACAUCAGUGAUUGUUCUGAAUUGAAGAUUAUUCCACCUAAUCUUAUAUCAAGUUUAACAUGUUUGGAAGAGCUAUAUAUAAGAGAAAGCUUGAUCAAAAUGUUGGUGGACAGAGAGACAAACAAAGGUCAAGAUUUGUUUCUUUCCGAGCUAAAGAAUUUACAUCAGUUGAAAGUGGUGGAGUUAAGUAUCCCAUGUGUUUCAAUUUUUCCCAAUCACUUGUUCUUUGACAAGUUAAAAGAUUACAAGAUUAUGAUUGGAGACUUUGAUUUUUUUUCUCUUGGAGAAUUUAGGAUGCCCGAUAAGUAUGAAACAUUGAGAGUUUUGGCACUGCAACUGAAGGAUGACACUAACAUUCAUUCCCAGGAAAGCAUAAAAUUGUUGUUAAAAACAGUACAAAUUUUGUUGUUGGGAAAGAUAAAUGGUGUUCAAAGUGUUGUGAAUGAGUUGAAUAUAGAUGGAUUUCCAGAUCUGAAACACUUAUCCAUCAUAAAUAAUAGUGACAUCAAAUAUGUCAAUUCAACAGAAUUGUGUAAUUAUGUGAAUGUUUUUCCCAAUUUGGAAUCUCUUUGUCUCAACAAUCUGGGGAACUUAGACAUGAUAUGUUACGGUCCAAUUACAGUUGUGUCAUUUGCCAAAUUAAAAACCAUCAAGGUUGAGAUGUGUUACCGAUUGAAGAAUCUUUACUCCUUGGACAUGGUUAUGUUUCCUACUGGUGCACAAACAUGUGAGAUUUCUGAAUAUAAUUCUUACAUGGAUAAAUUUCUUUCCAGUCUAGAAAUAAUUGAAGUUUCUGAAUGUGGAUCUUUAAAGGAGAUCCUUCAAAUACCAAAGCAUUAUGGUAAGGUUGAGUUUCUUAAGUUGCACACUUUGACACUCCGACUAUUACCAUUAUUUACAUGUUUCUAUACCAAAGUGGAGAAAUUUUGCUGUCCGCAUCUAACAGAGGCUCAAACUACAAAUAGGGGCCUCACAGAACUUAGUGAAGAAGAUGAACAAAGUGAUAAGGAACCUCCUCUUUUUGGUGAACUGGUUGAAAUUCCAAACUUAGAGACUUUGAAUUUAUCCUCACUCAACAUCCAUAAGAUAUGGGGCGACCAACACUCGUCAAGUUUCAUCUUUCAAAACUUGAUAAAAUUAGUUGUGAAAGAUUGUGAUAAAUUGACAUAUCUAUGUUCAUUGUCUAUGGCUAGAAGUUUGAAGAAGCUGAAAAGCCUUGUCAUAAGUGAGUGUCCAAUCAUGGAGAAGAUUUUUAAGACCGAAAGAAAUAGUGCAGACAAGGUCUGCAUCUUUCCUAUGUUAGAGGAAAUCCACCUUAGCAAAAUGAAUAGACUAACCGAUAUGUGGCAAACUAAAGUGAGUGCAGAUUCCUUUUCUAGUCUCAUUUCUGUGAAAAUUGAAGAGUGCAAUAAAUUAGACAAGAUUUUUCCAAGUCACAUGGAAGGAUGGUUUGAAAGUUUGGACAACUUGAAAGUUUCUUGGUGCCAGUCGGUGGAAGUGAUUUUUGAAAUCAAUGUUUCUCAAGAAAAAGAUGAAUUUGGAGGAAUAGACACAAAUUUGCAGGUAAUUCUUCUUGAAGGCCUCCCAAAUCUGAAACAAUUGUGGAGUACAGAUCCAAAUGGAAUUCUUAACUUUAAAAAAUUGCAGAGCAUAGAGGUAGGUAGUUGUGAUGAACUUAGGAAUUUGUUUCCAGUUUCUGUUGCCAAAGAUAUUCCAAAGCUUGAACACAUGUCAGCAUUACAUUGUGAGAAAAUGGAGGAAAUUGUUGCAAGUCAAGAUGCAUCAGAAGCUAAGAAAGAUCUAUUGCUGUUUCCUAAACUAACCUCUGUGAGAUUAUAUGAUCUACCAAACAUGAAGUAUUUCUACAAGAAGAGAUAUCCUAUAAAGUGUCCAAAGCUGAAGGAGUUGAGUGUGAGACGAUGUGUGAGCUUAAAACAUUUCUCAAAGAUACCAUUAAAACAACAAACAAAGAGCAAAAUUUCGUUUUCUCAAUUGAAGAGGUAUUCCCCAACUUGGAGCACAUGGAAAUUGACUUCAAAGAAGCACAAGAAUUGUUACCGAAGUACCAAAUGCACCGCCUAAAAGAACUUAGUUUGAUUUCGGUCGAAAGUGUCGAUCUUCUCAACCAGUUUCCAUACAGAGUACCAAAUCUGGAAAAGCUAAAAUUCGACUCCUCUAAUUUUAAAGAGUUAGUGCCAAAAGCAAACAUUGGACGACAAAAAGGAUUAGGGAUUGUAUUGCAGCUGAAGGAAU